AUUAACGCCACACAAAGAAACACAUGGGUUUGUAUUUGCCAGCGUCCUGCUUCUUGAUAUUUUCAUACUCGGCCGAUUAAUAGCUCUUUACUAAUUUGUGACUAAAUGGAGUAGAGGAAUUCAUGUAAUUGAUCUGACAAGUUAUGGAUUUGUCGUAUGCAGUAAAUAGGCGACGGGGGCGAGAUGCGAGUUGCUUCGUCGCAGCGCAGCAGGAUUUAUUUCGUGCCUGGACGAGGAAGAAAAAAGCACCGAAAAGCACUGAAAACCAGGAUCACCAUUUCCACGCGCAGUAAUAAAUCUCCACCAUCUUAGAAUUUAUUCUGUCGCUGACGAAAAUUGCAUACAGAUUUGGUAUUAUUUGAUAGUGUUUAAUUUUUGCGACAUAUUUAAGUUAAUGACAAGUAAACUUGGAGAAUUAUAAAGUAUGGAUGGAACGGCAAGUUCUUCCAUUAAGACCUCGAAUAAACCUCACGUCCCCAGCACCGUCUUUUUUGACUAUUGUCUUGUAUGCUACAAAAUUUGUUACCUGCCGGAAAAGAUAUCGCUAGAUGAAGAAGACCGUGUUACAGAAGUUCGUGAGUUGUUCUACACACUUUACGACAUCCCAGUGUCACCCCAUAGUCUGAAAAGUCUGAAAGGAGAGAUUCCUCUUUGUCCAGGAUGUCUUUUGAAACUUGGACGAAUUCGCGAACUCCGCGACCUUCUCACACGAAUUCAGCUUGAUUUCAAUCAGUUGAGACAAGGAAUCGCAUUUGAUAUUGUUGAUCUUGUGGCACGAUGUGAGAAGGGGAUCGCUUCUGCAGGAAUGAAUUACGGUUGGCGAGAUAUACCAGAAGAGAGUGUACGAGAAUGUCUCAUCAAGGCAGAAGUUGAUACUCUACAACAAAUAAUUUUUGAUGAUUGGCAUGAGAAACAUCUGUGUGAGCCAAAAGGGAACGGGAAGCAGGACGCCGAAUUAUUAAAAUCUCCUGUGACUCCCGUUUCCAAAUCUUCAAAACCUGUCAUAACCUCAUCAUCACUCACACCUACAUCCACACCUUUACAGAAAGUAAAUUCUCCACCAAAAUCGUCACCAGAUCCGGUAUUCCGUACUCCCCUGCCACCACCUCCAAGGAAGAAGUCGUCUACAUUUUAUAACCAAAGUUCCUCCGUCUUCAAGAAGCUUCAAAACCUUACUACCUUACAACUAAUCUCACCUCCACCAUCCCGUAUCAACAUGUCUAAAAAAUUGGCCAAUAAUCCAAACCUUUUCAACAAAAAAGUUGCAUCGUCUUCCAUACAAAAUACAACAAGCAAAGUUGGGUUUGGUGCAAAGUUUUCCAACUCACAACAGUCACAACAAUCAAUAACCUCAUCAUCGCGUAUCAGUGGGGAUAAAUUGUCUCCGUCGUCUCCUAAGACCACGGUCAUAUCUAUUACAACAACUUCGAAUGAAUCAACCAGAAAGAAGAAUGAUAACGGAAGUGGUGGGAAACAAUCUAGUAAGCUCUUUAGCACCGCUUCUGAAACCUCAAAUCUGUUCACAAAGAGGAAACUAAGCUUAGACAAUGAAACAAACAAAUCACCAAAUUUUGGAGCAAAAAGCAUCGAAAUUGUUGUCGGUGAUGAUACACCACCUCCCAAGAGAAGGAAGAGUGACCCGGAGAAUGAUGACGUUGUUAUUUCAAUGUCACCGUUGUCGACAGCUACAACCACUACUAGCUUAUUACAAAAGGAUGAUGAACAUGACCUGAGAAGUGACGACGGAAUCAGUGUCACAAAGGUGCAAGGAAGCAUAUCGAAAAUCUCCUCCUUGAAAACCCCACAAGAUGAUGGAGACGAUGACUUGGACUUUGCGGAUGCUGAACCUGACUGUCUCCUCGACGAGUAUGGUGAUAUUGGAUUGGGGGACUAUUUAGAGGGUGGUGGAGGCCAACUUGAGGAACUUGAGGCUGAUGAGAACAACGAAAAUUCAAAUGGGCAGGUCAAAGAUGAUGUUGAUGAUAAUGGCGAAAUUAUGGAUACAACAGAUGAGCAAACGACAAAGAGUAUUGUUGACUCAAGUUACGUGGAAAGUUUAAUUGCACAACUUCAAUCUGGAGAGACACCAGGAAACGGUGCAAAUAUAGAGUUUCUACAAAAUGAGGAAGGACUUUUUGUGUGCAUGUUUUGUAAAAAAACGUUUAUCCACAAGUACCCAUAUCGUGAUCAUCUCAAAACACAUACGGGAGAGGGUCCACAAUGUUCUAUAUGUUUCAAGAUAUUUCCCAAGUCUCACAAUCUCAUGUUGCAUUUGCGCACACACACAGGGGAGAAACCCUAUCAAUGCGACGUCUGCGAGAAGUCAUUUGCUGAUAAGUCCAAUUUAAAGGUACAUUAUCGCUGUCAUACUGGAGAGCGUCCUUAUCAGUGCGAAUUUUGCGAACAAAAAUUUGUCAACUCAUCCCGACUUGUGGUGCAUCGGCGCCUCCAUGUCCAUACCGCUGAAAAACCGUCCCAUCAUUGUGACGCCUGCGACAAAUCAUUCGCCACUGCUAAUCAACUCACUGUUCAUCGAAAGGUUCACGAAAUACCAGAAGUAGAUGUUGCACUAGUGGUAGAAGGAGACUAGUCGUAAGCUUCUUCAGGCAGAAGCAUAAUUUAAUCAUAAUUUUGGAUUUUACCCAAAAAGUCGUUUUGUUUACGUGGUUUAUCAUUAAGUAUUUCAUAGUUACCAGUAUUAUGAUCCAGACGCUUAGAACCAAACUACUCCAUAAUUCCAGAAUUUUAUGCUAUAAUGAUGUUGUACACAGUUUUAACCGUAGAUCAGAUUUUAAGCUGUAUUGAUAAUUUUAUAACUUAACAAAAAAAAUUAUUAAUAAACUUGUUUAAACUUAGUAAGACUAAA